AUGUCCGCAAAUGUGGUUCCUCGUGGUGCGGAGAAGCUUCCCUCGCCAGAGCAAACCUCCAAUGAUGAGAAGCAAAGCCAGAUGGAGCUGUCACUGAAACGUUCUAUCACGCUUGUUAUAUGGUACAAGCCGGCGUGCGAUCCCAUUCGCCUGAACCACGAGAUAUCCACCUUUCCGUUGUUUCAGCUGUCGCAUUUUCCAUCCGUGGUUUCCGACCUGGAACUCACGCCCGCUUCAUACGUCGAUACGUAUAAUCAUGCAACAGGGAAUUGGGAGCAACAUAUGAUUACCACUGUCCGUGCGAUCGAGACAGACCAACGUCUGCUAUAUAAACUCCGUAAAAGUCUUUUAAGUGGGCUUUUGGAUGAGGAAUGUCGAGGACUCGCAGAGGAGUUGGCGCUACAGUCGAAGAAGAAACAACCCGUAUCUCCUACGAUUGUCACCCAAAAUGGCACCAAGAGGCCUGCAACUGAGCAUACAGAGGGCCCUCCCACAAAACGACCAUACCCACCGGAAGGGUACCCGCACCCGAUGUACAUACCGCCCAUGGGAUAUAUGUAUCCACAGGUCCCGCUUGGACAUCCAAUGAGUGCACCGCUAGUCGCUAGCCCAUCGCACGCAAACAGUCCUGAGGGCGAGGCUUCCUCGCCCAUGCCACAUCCAUAUUCAGGUCCUCCUCCAACCCCAAUGAGCGGCCAGCCACCGAACAGCCCAGGGCAGUAUCCAGUAGUGUCGCCUUCGUCAGCCACUCGAACAGGGCCAGGGCCAUUCCCUCAGCACCCACACCCUCCACUCAAAAGAUGGCCUAACGAUUAUACUGUGUCUGAAAUUGCUGCCGGCUUCCGGCAGAUGGAUGCUCUUAUUGCUCAGACGCCUAAUGCGACUCAGCGCGUAUCAUUCGAACGCGUUUUUGGAUGCCGGUAUGUUAAGUCGACCGUGUGCCGACAUCGUGGCGUAUAUCGCAAAGCUGAUACAGCGGUCCGGAGUAUGUUUGAGAAUAUGGGGACGGACGAACGUGCCGUAUGGGGUGAGUUUGUGAGGCGCGUGGAGGGUCGACCAUCAGGAAAGCAGGGGCAAGGAGAAGAACCUGCUCUUCAUGGUGACCUUAUCGAAGGGAGCUCGCAGCCCGGUCAAGUUCAGCAGGAACAAUGUGGAGAGGCGAAUACAGUCCCACUUAUGGAUUCACUGGUACCGUCUCCACACAUGACUGUCUCCUCGCCACCCCCUAGCAUCAAUGGGCAUGUUCCUGUUUAUGAUCCAAGUCUAGCAGAUAAAGAUGCUGGCUUGUCUGGAACAUGA